ACUGGCAAGAACGCCCGGAGGGGCUGGAUCCAAGGAGUGGGGAAGCAAAAGGGAAGGGCGGGGUGCGUGCGACAGACAAAAGAUGAAGACCCAGUGACCAAAUUUUGUCUGCGGAAAAAUAAAAAGCCAGAGGCGGCGAUUCGUAGUCCGGGCCACCUCCCCUUCCCCGAGGCGUUCCGACGCCCCCGCAGACUGCGCAGGAGCGAACAGAAGCUGGGGUCCAAUGAGCUUUUCAAAAUGUCCCACAAGGAAUCUUGUGUGAAGAAAGAUAAGUCUCAGAGAAAAAGGACCACCUCAACACUCAACUUUGAUGAAGAAGAUAAGAAAGAGAAAAAAACCGUAGCAAGUUCUACUGGGUCUGCUUGCUGUAUAAAAUCUGUUUCAUCAGAAAAGAGAAAACUCAAAUCAAAUCAUACAGACAUUCUGUAUUGUAAUAUGAAAAGAAGAAAAGAACUGAAAAGGCCAAGAUGUAUAGAUUGUUUUGAAAUAUGCAACAUGGGCUCUUGUGAAGAAACAAAUAAAAAGGAAUAUGAAAAUGCUAAGAGAACUACAAGGUCCUAUUAA